AUGGCACCUCCAAAGAAUAAGGUCAGAAAGCCAAGAGAAAACCAAGACAAAUAUGAAAGACCAAGUCAAAACAAUGCAAAGGACUACAAGAAGAGUAGGGACAAGAAAUUAAAGGCUAACUUAAAGAGAAUGGAUAAAGUAUACGCUCAAACUGUCUCUGAUGCUGCAGCCACCGAUUAUCUAUUACCAGAGUCAUCCGGGUAUAUGGAGACAGAAGAAGAAAUGGAAAAGACUUUCAAAGUGAAGCAACAUGAGAUCGUUAAGGAUGUUGAUGUAUCUACUGCAAACAAGGCCCUAGAUCUAAAAUUAAACGAAUUCGGACCGUAUUACGUUGAUUAUUCAAGAACAGGUACCCAUUUACUGAUGGCAGGUCGUAAAGGGCAUGUUGCCUCUAUGGAUUGGAGAAAGGGUGAGUUACGUGCAGAAUUAUUUUUGAAUGAGACUUGUCAUGCAGCUACAUAUUUACAAAAUGAACAAUUUUUUGCUGUUGCGCAAAAGAGAUACACAUUUAUAUAUGACCAUGAAGGUGUUGAAUUACAUCGUUUGAAACAACAUGUUGAUGUUAGACAUCUACAAUUUUUACCUUAUCAUUUUCUGCUGGCUACUGCUGGUGAAACUGGUUGGUUAAAAUAUCAAGAUGUCUCAACAGGUGCGUUAGUAACAGAGACAAGAACCAAAUUGGGACCAACUACGGCAAUGACUCAAAAUCCUUGGAAUGCAGUGAUGCAUCUUGGACAUAGUAAUGGUACUGUAACUCUAUGGUCUCCAUCUAUGCCUGAUCCUUUAGCCAGGAUAUUAUCUGCCAGAGGUCCAAUUAAUAGUAUAGCCAUCGAUAGAAGUGGCUACUACAUGGCAACUACUGGUAAAGACAAAUCAUUGAAAAUAUGGGACAUUAGAAAUUUCCAAGAAUUACAUAGUAUUGAAAACUUACCAACUCCAGGUACGAAUGUUUCUAUAUCAGAUACUGGUGUUCUUGCAGUAGCUAGAGGACCUCAUUUAACGUUAUGGAAGGAUGCAUUAAGAAGGGGUAAUGCUGCUAAACCAUGUUUCGGUUCUAUGGGUGGUAAUCCAAAUAGAAAUACACCAUAUAUGACACAUCUAUUUGCAAGUAAUAAGAUUAAUAAUAUGAAAUUUGUACCAUUUGAAGAUUUGUUAGGUGUUGGACAUGAGAGUGGUAUGACAAAUCUAAUUAUUCCAGGUGCUGGUGAAGCUAAUUAUGAUGCAUUAGAAGUUAAUCCAUAUGAGACCGCGAAACAAAGACAAGAACAAGAAGUCAGAAGUUUAUUGGACAAAUUACCUGCUGAUACAAUUACAUUAGAUCCAAAUACUCUAGGUGCUGUUGAUAAGACAGCAUCGAAUACCAGAUUAUCUGCAAAGGACUUGGCUAAUGUAACGAUUGGUGCAGAAAAACAAAGGAAAGAAAAUAUGGAUAUUCCAUCAGUGAAAGUCGAUGUUAAAGGGAAGAAUUCUGGUCUUCGUUCAUUCUUACGUAAGAAAACUCAAAAUAUUGUAGAUGAAAGAAAGGUAAGAGUACAAAAGCAAUUAGAGAAGGAAAAAGCACUUCGUUUGAGAAAGACAAAGAUACAUAACAACGAGCUUUCAGAAGAUCAUAAGGAUCUAGUAGAUGAAGCAUUAGGUAGAUUUUCAUAA